AUGGCACCAUUAGGGCAGAAGAUCCGCACCGAAAGGCACAAAUGGGAGCGUAAGCUGAUUAGCACUGGUAUCCUCGACCAUGCCACCGUCAUAAAGAAGAAUGACAGCAGAUGGAAGCGGGCCCGCUUCGCCUACCUCCGCGCGUCUAUUCUGUGGGAGUCGCACGACCUCGCCGUCGGCGUUAGCGCAUGCGGCUGGGCCCAAGUUUCCUGGGAUGGUACUGGCGCCCAACACGAGGAUCACCUCUACAACUGGCGCCAUAUAGCCCUAGCGUGGUACGUCAGAGAUGGCAAGCCAUUGGAAGAAGAGCUGCGCACCGGCGUUCCUCUCUCCAUCUUUGUCUACAAUCUCGUCCACCCCGCCCGUCUCAAUAUCGUCGAUCACUUCCGAACCAACCAGGUUCCCACAGGGCGGGACCUUUCCGCCAUCCUCAACUACUCCUGGGACCUCUGGACACUCGAGACCGAUUUCCUAAAAUCACCGCACGCCAAGCGUGCCGCCAUCGUAGACAAGGCGCUCGACGUGUACCACCGUGGAGUGGAGGCGGUCGUCACCACUGCCGAGCCAAUAUUCCUCGAUCCCACUGUCGAAGCCUCCUACCAACAACUUCUGCACGCAGCCGCUUCCACGGCCUUCGAUACAGGCGACUUCCUGAGAGCCAAGGCGCUCUACGAAGCCCAUCUCGCAACGAGCCCGGCCACAACCGAUUUCAAAAUGCUGAACCUAAUUCGCCGGAAGCAGCUCCAGUCAUUGAUUGAAUGGCACAUGUGCGUAUACAUCAUUGCGAGAUGUAUGGGGGACGUGGACGACAAGGCAAUGCGGGGUCUGAUGCGGAGCUUUCUUGACAUGAUUGAGGAUAGUGGAAAACCCGGGGGGUUGCCGAAGGCGUUGGCGAAGGUGAUGAAGGAGCAUUCCGAGGAGUUUGGGAAGAAGAGGGUGAGGGAUGACGUUGCGUCGUUUGGGCUUCAAAGAGAACCGGAGACGGUAAAGAAGUUUGGGUGGUUUGCUAGGCGGCUGUUAGAGGAGCCGCUGUAUGUCGUAUAUGCGGAUGUUUUUGACAAGGAAGUAAGAGAUCCCGAUAAUGUUCUUGACGAUCUGAGUGAAGCGGGGGCAGCUGCAUCUAUCUCAGGAGAGGCAAGGGGGCGAAUAGUAGUGGAGCGGAUAGGAGAAUGCCUGGCGUCCACCGUCAAGGCAAUGAAGCGAUCGGGGGUUCAGGCUGCGCCUGACACCGUGCCGAUAAUCAUGUCCCUCAGCGACCUUGAGUCAGCAAUGCACAUGUACGCUGGAAAUCCCACCAGGACAGCAGCCACGUUGCGAAAGGAGGUUGCCAGGGAAGCACUUAGCUCGACGACAAACACGGGCUGGCAGCGACUGGCCGAGCUGCACAUGCUCUCAUACAUGUCGGCCGUGAAGGAGACGGCCGAGCCGGACUACAAGAAGGGACUCACACACCUCAAUAAGUGGUGGAAUCUACACCAGGGUCAGGAAAUAUCAAAACGGAGCCAGUGCUGCGCCCUCAUCGACUUUAUGACAUAA